UCCCGGUCCAUACCAGGCCCCGCCCCCGGAGCCGCGGGUCCCACAUCCUUAUUUGCGCUCCGCACACGGAGGGCGUUUCAACCAACCGAGGGAUGUCGCGAAUGGCCGUUCUGAGUGAUCUGUAGAGGACUUAUUGUGGCGUUUGUCUGCGUUUCGUCAUUUACAGAUUCUGACCGAGAUUACUCUUUCUGCGGCGGGUUUUCCUCGAGUAGGCCCGCGUUCCCCCACCGUGCCUCGGAUCAGAGCCGGGGUGCAGGCCGAGGAGGAGGACUAGCUCGGGGAGACAUGGAGGCCAACCCUGCAGAGGGAGGCAUUUAUCUGUGAGGUGAACCGAAGCUCCAACAAUGGACCACUCACACAUCGGUGGGGACAUGUCCCCUCCGUAUGCGCCAAGGAAGAGGAAGUCGGGCCAGGCUCAGCCCAAGGGCGGUGUGCCAUGUCCAGUUGUAACAGUGGUUCAACGACUGCCAGACAGAGCCUUUGAGUUGAGCGUCCUUGGACAUUCAAAGAGUGACGAGGCCCAAGACGCUCAUAAAAUGAAAAGGACUUAUGGUAGGAAGAGGUUUGAGGACCCCCAGGGCGUCCCGGGGGGCCCACUGGAGUACCCCACCACCAGCUGCUCUGUGAUGUCUUCAGGCCCCCUGGCCAACGGCUCGGACAUGGGCUCUGUAGCCCAGCCCGCUGCCAGGCUGCCACCAAGGCUGGUAGCCAAGGACGCCUGGCCUACGGCCCUGGAGCCGGGCAGGAUGAGGCCCCAGCCUCAGGCCCAGCCCUGGAACCCCAGUCGGGAGAGGCUCUCUGAGGCCCAGAGCUGGGCUGCGGGUCGAGAGCGGCCCCAGGAGCAGCUCUGGAGUUCCAGCAGAGACCGAUCGGGACACCCGGGGCAAGACCAGAGCUGGAUCCCAGGAAGAGAGCGAGGCCACACCGAACAGGCAUGGGCCAGCGGGCGGGAGAGGGGCCCCGAACAGGCCUGGAGCUCUGGGAGGGACCGAGCCCAGGAUCAGGCUUGGAACCCGGGGCGUGAGCCUGGACGGGACAGACCCCUCUCUGGGAACGGGCAGGCCUGGGGUGCUGGGCGCAGCCAGGACCAGGCCUGGGGCUCAGCCGCCAGGGACCGAGGAGAAGCACAAGUCUGGAGACCUGACUUGCCUUUAAAGAAGAGCCAGAGAGUCGAAGUUGAGAGGAAUCAGCCGGUAAUCACCUAUCAACAGGCCCCAGAAAACAAAACCUCUGGUUCAGACUCGGUGGACGUAAGAGACCUCCAGAGCAACGCAGAGCACAACGCGGCCCGGCCCAGCGAGGAGCCCAGACCGCUGCUCCCCCCCUCCAGGAAGGAGCUCCCUUCCUACCCUCCAGGCAGCCAAGAGGAGCGCUGGCAACUGCAUAUCGUGGCCAAAGGAAGAGUGACCUGUCCCAAGUGCAAGAGUGUCAGCAGGAAGACCGUAGAGGGCUUGAAGAAACACAUGGAGAACUGCCGCCUGCAACCGUUCAGCUGUCCACACUGUGGGAAACAACUCAAGUCUUCAACUGGGAUGAAGUACCACGUCAUGGCCGACCAUAGCAACUUGCCCUCUCUGGACGAUUCCCAAGGCUUGGACGAACGUGCUGUCAAAGAAAAACUGCGCAAAAUUCUGAAGAGACUUGGAAAGUUAAAGUGUUCCCGCGAGGGCUGCACUUCAGGCUUCACUAGCAUCAUGGGCUAUGUGUACCACAUGAAGAAGUGUGGUAAGCAGGAGUCUGAGCUGGAGAAGAUGCUGCUCAACUGCUCUCACUGCGGGAAGGCCUACAAGUCAAAGGCCGGUCUGGAGUACCACCUCAAGUCAGAGCAUGCCCCCGUGCCCCAGCAGCAGGAGGAGGAAGAGGAGGCCCUUAAAGCCCAGAGCGAGGCCGACCCAGAGCUCACGGCCAGCGGCCGGGUGCAGCGGGCCUCGGCCCAGGUGGCCAACUUCCACCUGGCCGAGAUCGCCCACAACGACCUGCCCAAAGACUGGCCCAAGAGGAAGUUCCAGUCGGACCUCGUGCCAGACGACAAAAAGCUGAAGUACGCCCGUCCAGGUCUGCCUGCCUUCAGCCAGGAGGUCCUCAGGAAGUGGAAGAACGAGGUGAAGCUGCAGAGGAAGGUCCAGUGCCCCAACCAGGGCUGUGGCUGCACCUACACCAGUGUCUCUGGCCUGAAGGCCCACCUGGGACUCUGCACUAAGGGUGACUUUGAGGCGGGGAAAUACCGUUGUUUGAUCUGCGGCAAGGAGUUCAAUUCCGAGAGUGGAGUCAAGUAUCACAUCAACUCUGUUCAUUCACAGGAAUGGUUUGUGACGAACAAGAAAGCAUCAAAGAAGUUUGAAAAGUACCUUCGGAGUCGGCCCAAGGAGAUGGUGCAUGGAGUGGACCAGCACAUCAUCGAGCAGUACCACCAGCAUCACAUGAACCACCACCACCUCCACCACCACCACCUGCAGCACCACCAGCAGCAGCAGCACCAUCAACACCACCAGCACGAUCAGCAGCUCCAGCAGAUCCAGCACCAACCCUUACAGCAGCCUCUGCAGCCCCUGCAUCACCUGCAGCACCAGGCCCACCUCCUGCACGCGUUGGAGCACCAGCAGCACCACCACCACAGCCACAGUGUUCCCCAGAUGGAGCCGCAGCUCAGCCAGGAGGUGCAGCAGCAGCAGCAGCAGCCACCGCCACCACUCCUCCACUACACCCCGCUGGAGCCGCCCGCGGGCUCCAUGUGGGUGGAGGUGGAGCGGAGGGAGGUGGUGGCCGGGGGCGGGCCGGGGGCAGAGCUGACCCAGGUGGAGAUGGUGAGUGUAGACAAACCCCGGCCGAUGGACGGAGGAGCGGGGAGCGGGGGCUCAGAGUGCAAGCGGAGAGAGAAGGCGGAGCGGGGCAAGGCGGAGAGCAGGAGGAAGGAUUGCUUCGCUUACGGAGGAGGAGGAGGAGGGGGGGGGGGGGGAGUGGCUGUGGGCGGGAGCAGCAGCAGUAGUAGCAGCAGCAGCAGCAAUACGGGCAGCUCGUCCAGCGAAUCAGAGCUGGAGCAGCAGGAGAGGCAGAGACAGAUCGACCAGUGGAACCUGAAGAGGCCUGGGAACAUGGAGGUCCACCACGAGGCUGCUAAACGCCAGAGGAACACCUAAAGAACUGUACCUUAUUGUACAACAAGAGGUCAAAUAAUGGUCUUACUUAUAUGUGAAAUGUCUUGCCAUUGUCUUAUUUCAACUGUAACUCUGAUCAAGCUAUUUCAUAUAUGACCUGUUUCUCAUCUUGGAAUUUUGUUGUUUUUUAAUUUGAAAACAACAGGAGACAUACACAAGAGGGUAGCUUGCCAUGAGACCGGGCUUUGGACACCGCAAAGUAUCUACAGGAAGUACCGUAGCUUACGGUUAAACCUAAUUGAAUGUCGCCGUGUGUGUAUUGCACCAGUUGGCAUGAACCAAAAAUUCCGUUAUCAUGGCCUCGUGCACAGGGCAUUCAGAGAUGGGCCAUUCGUCGCGCACCACCGGAAAUUUUGUAGGUCGAAAAAGCAGACUGCGCCAACUGCCUUCCUGUUGUGGUGAUACGGUGACCAAUAAUGCCACGGUCAUGCAUGUAUGAUCCGAGCACUUCACCAACAGCUAUAUAUUUAGCUUUCGUUUGAAACUAAACAACUUGGACUUUUUACUUUUUUACUCAUACCAGAUCAUAAUUUAACCCUGAGAUACUCUAGUAUCACAAUGAGUAAAACAUAUCGAUAGUCCUCCUCUAUAGCUAAUCCCCUCCUUCUUACUCCUCUCAUGUUGUCAUCACUUCUUACUCCUCAUGUUGUCAUCACUUCUUACUCCUCAUGUUGUCAUCACUUCUUACUCCUCAUGUUGUCAUCACUUCUUACUCCUCAUGUUGUCAUCACUUCUUACUCCUCAUGUUGUCAUCACUUCUUACUCCUCAUGUUGUCAUCACUUCUUACUCCUCAUGUUGUCAUCACUUUUUACUCCUCAUGUUGUCAUCACUUCUUACUCCUCAUGUUGUCAUCACUUAUUACUCCUCAUGUUAUCAUCACUUCUUACUCCUCAUGUUUUCAUCACUUCUUACUCCUCAUGUUGUCAUCACUUUUUACUCCUCAUGUUGUCAUCACUUCUUACUCCUCAUGUUAUCAUCACUUCUUACUCCUCAUGUUGUCAUCACUUCUUACUCCUCAUGUUGUCAUCACUUCUUACUCCUCAUGUUGUCAUUGCUCCAGUGGUGACCUGAGGAGGAGUUAAAGGGUUCCAUGCAUGGCAGCAUGCAGCACCUUCACUCUAUUCUGCCCACACAAAGAUUUGAAGAGGUCUCCUACCCUGGCACUGAGGUUGAUCCUCAAGAAAGAAUGAGUGACAUGCCAACACGCAUUAAAGAAGGAGCAGUUGAGAAAGGGACUCCUGUCUAUAUGUGCCGUCCUGACAGGAGGACUCCCUUGGACUAAACUCCACGUGUAUUUAACCAAUAGCAUGUCAUGUUUUAUGUACUCUGCAUUUUCUAUAUUUGAUAUAGUGGCGUACGCUCCUGGAUGGUUGUCUGCUGUAUGUUUGUGCCGCUUUAUUUUCAAAAUGUGUUCUAUGUACAGUUCGGAUGGACGAAGAAGCAAUUAUCCUUUGUUAAAUUUGUUACCAUGUUUGUUCAGUUCAUUUAUUGAUGUUUUGUUCUUUAUCUCGUGUUGAUAUAAUCCCUGUUAGUGCUCUUCCAUGUAAUCAUCUUUAGACUAAAUAUUAGAGACAUUUAUAUACUUUUUGAGUUGUAUGUUAAUUAGCCCAUUGAUCAAAUGAUGAUCCCUGUAAAUCAGUUCUAAUGAUAUAUAUGUUGAGAAUAGGUACUAAUCUGUGUUCAAGUGCAUUUCAAAGUCCUUCCCUCAGAUGGCGUAUGUGGCAUCUGUAUCAAGUUCAGCUUGGACUACUGUCCAGUUACCAUACAUAGAACCACUGACUGAAAAGAUAACAUUUCUGUUGAGGCCAAGACCAAAAGUGAUAACAUCAUAAAUGCACUUCCAACUGAGUGGCACAAAGAAAAGCCCUUGCUUCUUGACUAAAAGAGAUCUCAAGACGCAUCUUUGAGGCAAACUUCAAAAUCAGAUUUUUUUUCUAUUUCCAGUGCAAGGCAAAAAUGACAAAUAUUUAAGGCAUUUGUUGGAAUCUAAUAUUCUGGGAAGGAUAAUUAAAUAUAUAUUGGCGAUAUGAAAAUUAUUUUAGGUGUGUCCUAUAUUUUACUUACUGUAAUUCUGAUAUCUCGUAUCUCUUUUACUCCCUUAUCUAAAGGGUGCUACGUGUUGAAAUAUUAAGGUCUCAAAAGUACUGUAGUACCAUUCCAACUCAUAGCACACACUAAUAGAGCCGUACCUCUGAUUUCUAAGGUCUAAAAAAAGAUUAGACUUCAAGUACAUGUUAAGUCUAGGCCAGGUAAAGUGAAUAGCUACAUUUGUAAAGUUAACAUUUUUAGUAUCACCACGUUCUCUAUUUUGUUGGGCAUAGUUUGUAUUCCAUGGAAAAAGGCGUUGUCUCUCAGCCUGCGUUAAUAGCCUAUAUAUUGAACGCAUUACUUGUUAGGCCUUCUUGUUUUUCUAGAAGUAAUGUGCUGCUAUUUCUUAGUACCAGCUAAUACUAAAUAAAGCAUUACCAUUCAUGGUCAAA